ACAGCAGCAUUUGCACUGUUGGUCAGAUGUCUUGAGAGGUUGGGUAGAUGGAAACUGUGGUUUGCUCUACUUCUGUCGCUAAUCUUCUAUAAUGACGGCAAAGGUACAGUAUAGUAGGGAAACAACUUUUUAUUGCCUGUAACUCACACAAGAAAUUGUUCUCUGUCAAUUCUUCCUUCUUAGAAUAUGUAGAAUAUAUUUGAGAAUUGAUUAAUUCGGUUUUGUAAUGCCUUAACAUGUGCAUGGUUUUACUAGGUGCUAACUGAUCGACUGUUUCAUAAUAAAUUGACUGCAGAGAAGGGUAGCAGCAUGUGAAAACCACUGGGUAGGAAGCGUAGGCCAGUCCGGUGUGCACCAAUGAAGCCUUUCAUAACAUCACAUUUAUUAGAUGUGAGAUCAGAACAGAGAGAGUCUGGGGAGCAGUGUGAUCUGGUGUAUCAGUAUGGACAGGGCUUUGAGAAUGGUUGUGACUCCAGGUUCAGACUCCAGGUUCAGACUGACGACAGAGAACGGGACUGUUUUCCUUCGUCUGACCAGGUUAACACCAGCAGACAGUGGGAACUACACCUGUCAGUGUUCAAGUCGUACCGGAACAUUUGUACUCCGCCUCAACAUCACUGUGGAAGGCACCAGGCACCAGUCGGAGAAAUGUUGUACAUCCUCAUAUUCACUUGUUUGCUGUUUAAAGCCUCAGGCUUAGAGAUUACUGGAUAUGGAAAUACAAUAGCUGAGUAUGGCGGGGAGGCACAUUACAUGUGCGCAGUGGACAACCCCACAGCAGGUGUGCUGCAGGUCACGUGGCAGAGGCUUUUCAAGGAUGAUCCAAUAGAGAACUUGGCAACCUACAGCAAGCGGUUCGGAGAGCAAGUGAACUUACCCUUCCGUGGGAAGGUGGCCCUCACGCAAGCGUCCCUCAACUCCACCUCCAUCACUCUGAGGAAUGUGUCGUGGCAAGACGAGAGCUGCUACAUCUGCUCGUUCAACGUGUAUCCUGAUGGGUCCAGCAGGAAGCAGACUUGCCUCAGCGUGCGAGGAAUAUCCUCGGUGGACACGCUGCACGAUCACAGAAGUGGACCUGAGGGAGAACACGUGGAGGUUGUGUUCGGCUGCUCUGCCACGGGUAAACCAGCUCCUACCAUUGAAUGGGACAUUUCACCUGGUGCCAGCCACUUGGACCAAACAGAGACCACCACAGCAUCGAACAGUGACCACACAUUCACCAGCAGCCACAACGUUACUCUGCAAGUACCUGCAGACUGGAGUGGGCAUGUGGACUGUCUGCUGAACAGGGGUCAGACGGGAGAGAAGCAAAAGAGGAUCCCUUUCUCUUUAAGUGCUGGACGUCCGAAGGCGAAGGAUGAGGGAGGACUGUAUCGCUUUGGAAUCGCACUUGUAAUUUCUGCUGUAAUCUUUAUUGCCUGCAUGGCUGUGGCUGCUGCAAUGUUGAGGAGUAGAAGGUGAGGUCCAAGUGUAACAGAAGAAAUCACAACGUUUAAUGAGCAUUAGUCAGAUUUUAUUUAUUUUAAUUUAACCUUUUACCUUUCAGGCAUGCAAACCUUAUAAAAAAAAAACAUUUUUAUUUUAUUUUUGUUUGCUUCUGACCUUUAGAGAUGUAACAGCGAAUUAAGCUAAAAGCAGCAAUCCAAAAUGUUAAUAACUUCAUGUAAAAAUUACACUUUUUUUAAUUCCAGAUCUCAGCACUUUAACCUUUGUUUAUGGAACCUCAAGCAGAAAACUUGUUUAGACAAAUGUUGAGGAGUAGGGGAUAGUACAAGAGCUGCCUCAGGGUUACUGUGAGGUAAAACUGUGGAAAGCAGAUAAAUAUGUCGUUAACUACUGUACACUUGUAUUGUCAUUGCGGGCUAUAGUGACUGCCAGCUAGUGCACUAAGGAUUUGCUUCAUGUCCAACCAGCUGAUCAGGCCGAUUUGUUUUGGUGAUAGGAUGUUUCAUGUGACACACUGGAGGAAACAGUGCCAUCUGCUGUGCAGGGCAGGGUAAUGGCGAUGUGUGUUGUGUGAUGAAGUUCCGCAUUUUAUUUUAUUUUAUUUUAUUAACAAUAUUCUUGUGGUUUUGCACACAUCAAUGUUUGUGUUAUUUAUUGCUUACAUAACAAAAAUGCACAUUUACUGUA